AUUGUUGACAGUUCGUCGGUCGCGGACGCGUAAACUUCAUAAAAUUUGUUUAUCGCUGGGGUAUUUUUCCUGAAAAUUCGGGUAUUUUGUGAAGUUUUAUAGUUUUUGUGUUUUAUAGUGGUGGAAAUUCUUGCGUGGAUUCAGUAUUUACCAUUAUAGCUUAGAAAUUGUGUUGUUCUUUAUUGUUAAACCUGUUUAUUUUUAAGGACUUUAUUGUUCUGAUUGUUUUUGUUUACGUUUUUGUUGGUCCUCGCGAUCAGUUUUUUUUCGUCCGUCGUUCGUCUCGAUUUUCGUUUGGUUCCGGAAUUCGGACUAGGCUGACAGAAUGCCACCGCGUAAGAAGUCCACAAGUAGCACGGAAUCCAGCACCGCCAGCUCAUCGGAUUCGAGUUCUAGCGGAAGCAGCUCAAGUGGAAGUGAUUCCGGAAGCUCCAGUAGCGAGAGUGAUUCCUCUAGUUCGCAAGAACCGACUACCACUCGUAUGACCGCAAAUAACUCUAACACUAAUGCACCGAAAACGAAUGAAAAAGUUGUGCGUCGCAGAAGCUCGGAAACCGCGACUGCAGCUAAGCAACAUACUUCUACUGCAGCUGCGGUUGCAGGAAAGGAGCCCGAUAAAACAGUUCAACAAAAACAAGUUAAUGCAAAGCAGCAAAAACUAUCCAAAAGUUCAGUUUCUUCGAGCGACGAUGAUCUUGUCACAGAUAGCAAACCUGCUGCACCUCCGAUCGUACAGAAGAAAGUUCAACAAGCGGAGGCAGCGAAGAAACGAGCGCAAGAGAAACAAGCGGCCACUCAAGCAAAUGCUCCGGUUGCAAUAGUUCCUCCUAUAACUGGAGGAAAAGUACCACCCUCGGUAAUCAAGCAACAGCAACAGGCACAACAACAAGCGCAACAACAAGCAAAAACAGCACCCUUGACGAAGGCGGCAGCCAAGGCGAGUGUUUUGGCCAAGGACCCCGUCAAAGUUAAUCCUCCGAUUGCCAAGAAGGGACCUAGUCCUGCACUCUCGGCGCCCGCCACAAAAGCCAAGAAGAAGAGCAUUUUUUCGCCGGUGAAUUCUUCGGAAUCAGAUGACGAAAACAAAGAAAAGCACGAACAGAAGGACCGUCGGACGUCCAGUUCCAGUUCGGUGGGAGUCGCAGGAACUGGCUCUGCAGGUGGUCAAGCAUCUCAGCCCACCAAGGAACAAACCGCUUCGGGAGCUCAAGUCGUAGGAGCCUUACUGGUGCAACAACAGCAACAGCGAGGCCGGGGUCGUCCACGUAAAACUCCUGCUACUGCUUCCACCGGCCCUGUAGCAAAACCAGUUGCCCAGGUUAAGCAGCAAGUAUCUGCUGGCCCUGCAAAAGCUGCUCCCACUACCGGAUCAAAGCAGCAGCCAAUUCAACCGCAGAAACAAGAAGACGAUAUAUCAUCCGCUACAACCACGUCUACAGAUUCGUCUUCAUCCGGAUCAUCCGAUUCGGAUUCCGACUCAUCCGAUGAUUCGGCUCCAUCGGCUUCGGCUGCUCAGCAGCUCAAAAAGAGCAACAGUGGUGUGAAGCGUCCCCUGGAACGCACUCCACAGAAAACCGAGGUCAAGGAAGGUGCCACCGAUUCCGAGGGCGAAAAAGGAGAAUCCAACAAGCAAACGGCAAGAAAGUUGACCAGAUCUUCGAGCACUCGAAAAUCGAAACACCUUAUCGGGAAGAAUGCGUCCGAGACGGACUCGGACGCCGACAGUGUCAAAAGAUCGGCCUCUAAGAGUCCCGUUAAGAAAGCUCCAAUCGUUGCGACCAAAGGCAAGGCUAAGAAUAGCAGCAAGAAAAAGGAUAUUGUCGUGAAGGAACUUCUCAUUGAGGAACCAGAACCGGUAGAAAACCGUUGUCCAUUGCUGCAUUGCGACUCAACCGGGCACUUGGGCGGUCAAUUUGAGCGCCAUUUCACAUUGGAAGCAUGCCCCAUGUUCCACAACAUGACAGCUCAGCAGACGAAAGAUUUUCUUGCGGAACGCAAACGCCGCGAAGAGGACCGCAAAAAAGCGGUCCCUGUUUAUGAGAAUUCUAAAAAAGUUCAGACACCGGAACAGAAAAUUUACAUGCAAAAGAUACGCGAUAUGCGAGCUAAAUUCAAACCUAAUCCACCUCCGGUGGAGAAACCGCGGCCAAUGGCCGAACGACUUGAGAAUGAAAUCGAUCUGGAACCACGGCUGGAGGGAAUUGUUCCCGAUUACGAUCUGCAGUUGUUCCGCGAAGCUCAAGCUGCGGCCAGCGAGAGUUUCGAGAACGAAGUAAAAGAGAUGGUCACCGGGAAGGGCACCCGGUACAUCUCGAUGGGGCGCAACUGCAUGCAGGUGUGGUAUCAGAGUCCCUACCCGGACGAUGUGGCUCGACUGCCGAAGUUAUAUUUGUGUGAGUUCUGUUUGCGCUACCAAAAAUCGGAAGUGGGCAUGAAACGACAUGCCGCCAAGUGCGUGUGGAGACAUCCUCCGGGCGAUGAGAUUUAUCGUAAGGGGAAGCUCGGAGUCUGGCAAGUGGAUGGUAAACGGCACAAACAAUAUUGCCAGCAUUUGUGCUUGCUGGCAAAGUUUUUCCUCGAUCAUAAAACGCUGUACUACGAUGUAGAGCCGUUCCUGUUCUACGUGAUGACAUUGGCCGACAGCAACGGAUGUCACACCGUUGGCUACUUUAGCAAGGAAAAAAAUUCCUUCUUGAAUUACAACGUGUCCUGCAUAUUGACGCUACCGCCGUAUCAGCGCAAGGGUUACGGUCGACUGCUAAUAGAUUUCAGUUACAUGCUGACACGUGUUGAAGGCAAAAUUGGAUCACCGGAAAAACCUUUGUCCGAUUUGGGACUGAUCUCGUACCGAUCCUACUGGAAGGAUGUACUGCUGGCGUACUUGUGCUCCCGGGCAGGAACUACUCUCAGCAUCAAAGACAUAUCGCAGGAAAUGGCCAUCAAUUCAUACGAUAUAGUGAGCACACUUCAAGCCCUCGGAAUGAUGAAGUACUGGAAGGGCAAACACAUCAUACUGAAGAAGCAGGACGUUCUCGAGGAGUACGAGGAACGGGUGAAGCGGCGCGGCAAUAUACCCCAGAUCGAUCGCGACUGCCUCAAGUGGACGCCGUUUGUUGCGCCGACCCCGUCGAGCCCAAGCUCCUAGCGCCAGUCGUACCAUCAUCAUCCCCAUCACCAUCACCACCAUCAUCUGCACCAUCAGAACCAUCCGUACCAUUACUACUAUCAGCAAUAUCCGUACAACAACCAUGGCUACCAUUACAAUCAUCAUCACAAUAACAACAACAACAGUUAUGGUGCCAACUAUAACUACAUGGCGGCGAGUGCUAUGCAGUGAUGAUGAAACGGAUUUGCACUGCGAUUUGUGUGGGGUGAGUUUUAGUGUGAUUAAAAUGUGUGCGUGUGUGAUAUGGUUAAUGCAAAAAUUGUGAAUAAGCUUAAACUUGAUAAAUGUGUAAUAUUUAAUGCAUUUAGUAUGUAUAAGCCUGUACAGAUAAGAAUAACAAAUGACAUUCAUCUACUUUAAUCAUAAUAGGCAAUAAGCUGCGUAUUGUGUAGAGAUAUUAAUCUAAGUAAAUGUUUUAAUAUAGGUUACGUUACCAAAAUACCAGGCUGUUCCUUCUGCGCGUUUUCAAUCUCUUUUAGUUGCUUCUCUAGUAAGAGGAAACAUUAUUAUAAUUCAGUUUCGAAAACAAAACAUACGAACAGAAUUAUAUAAUGUAUGUAUAGUAAAGUUUUUAAAUAAGAAGAUCAGAUAUAAGAAAUCUAUAAACUAGCAAAGAACCGUGUGCGUUUAAUGGACUCCAUGAAAAAAAGACCAUGAGUUUUCCUGAAAACCUUCUUUGAAGGGUAGAGAAAAUGUCAUUAUUUUGUGGCUUUUUCCUAUUUGUUCAAAGAAUGUUUAUAUAUUUGGUACUUUUUUGCAUUAUUGCAUUGGAUUCCAUUGGAUUUUUUUAAAUAUCAUAAUAUAGUAUUUAUUUUGUGGAAAAUUUGGUUAUUGUUUUAUUGUUAAUCGGUUGUUUUUUUUUAAAUUAGUAUUUUUUUUCUGUUGUUGAUUUGCAUUUAUAUAUAAUACUAGCAGACCCGACGAACUUCGUCUCGCCUAAAAUUGAAAAAUUUUCUGAAAUUUGUUUACAUGCGCAAUUUACGUAUUUCUUAAUUUACUUAAUUUACGCAAUUUACAAUUUACUAUGGGUCUCGAACUACUAUAGACAAUAUUUCUUGACUUGAAAAACCUCCAUAUACCAAUUUUAAUUCCAUUUGCUCGAUUAAUUUCCGAGUUAUGUUGAAAUUUGUAUUUCAUUUGUAUGGGAGCCCCCCUUUCAAGAGGAGGAGGGGUCUCGAACCAUCAUAAGAACCUUCCCCGGCCUCAAAAACCUUUGCAUACAAAUCAUGAUGCGCAUUAGGGUGGUUCAAAAAAUCGAUUUUGCUCCACAGUGCUCAUCUGAUUCUUUACCAUGUUCUGAGUGUCCUCUGAAAAUUUGAGCUCAUUUGGAUUAAAACUGAUUUAGCACAAGCCGUUUCAAGUUUGCAUGCAAAUUAGUAUGGGAAAAUUUAUUUUUUCAUUAUACUCUUAUACGAUUAAUCAACAUGCGAUUUUCGUUGGGUGAAAGCUGUUGAGUAUUCCUUUUAGCUGUGUAGGUUUUCUUUUAACCUGCGCUUAAUGGGGAAGCGUCAUUAACAGUAUAAUGAAAAAAUAAAUUUUCCCAUACUAAUUUGCAUGCAAACUUGAAACGGCUUGUGCUAAAUCAGUUUUGAUCCAAAUGAGCUCAAAUUUUCAGAGGACACUCAGAACAUGGUAAAGAAUUAGAUGAGCACUGUGGAGCAAAAUCGAUUUUUUGAACCACCCUAAUGCGCAUAUGUCUAUUGGACUGGUUUGUGUAUAUGCCGACAAUAAGAAUAUUGCAAAAGCGUUGAUUGAUCUGGUAGCUACCUUGAGCAGGACUCGAGAAUGUUUUGGAAUACAUUGAACAUUUCGUAUUGAACACAACUGGGUUUGAUUGGUGUGAAUAUGCUUAUUGAGCCAGGUUGGGUACAUAUCGAUGUUGAGGACAUUGCAAAAAAAAACCUUGGUUGAUCCGGAAGAUAUCUUGAGUUGAACUUUAGAAUAUUUUGUAGUACCUUGAACAUCUACAAUUCAAGAAAAUUGGGUUUACAUGAUGCGCAUAUGUCUAUUAAACCAUACUGGGUAUAUUACGACGAUAAGAACAUUGCAAAAGCCUUGAUUGAUCUGGUAGAUACCUUGAGCUGAACUAUAGAAUGGUUUGAAGUACCUUGAACAUCUCGUAUUCAACAAAAUUGGGUUUGCAUGGUGCGCCAGUGGUGAGUACACAUCGAUGUUGGGGCCAUUGCAAAAACCUUGGUUGAACUGUUAGAUACCUUGAGUUGCACUUGAGAACGUUUUGGAGAACGAGUUUGUAUCGAUAAUGACGAAGUAGAAAUGGUUAAUGAAACCAUAUACUUGUGCUCACCAGAGACCGUCGAAAACGAUACCAGUAGAGGAAUUCGGAAACGCGUGGUGUC